UCGCUCGGUCCGUUGCCAUCGCCUGCCCGCCCGCUCGCCCGCCCUCCUCGUCCUCAUCCUCCGAUGCUCGCAUUGUCCCCGCCCAAAAUCGAAGCUCGUGACUUGGGGUUGGAUUGUCGCACCCAAUUGUUCAGUUGCGGAAACCCAAGUUGGAAUGCGUGAGAGGCUCCGUCGCCCUCGCGGGGAGCUUGUAAGUGUAGUACCGUAGCGUGUGGCGAGGGAGGGUUUUAAAAGCCUGGGGUUGUGGAGGUGGAGGUGAAGGUGAAACAUUCCUUUCGCGAGCGACCAUGGACAUGAAUACGGAGAGCAGCGCUGCGUACAAGCGCACGUUCUUGGACUUCCUUGAUCCUGAUAUGGGUCAAGGUGUGUACAUGGAGAAAAUUCGCAAUAUGUUCAACACAUCUAGGAAACGGCUCCUUGUAGACCUUACCGACCUUCGAAACUUCGACCCCGACCUCACCCGCCGAUUGCUUCAGAGACCUGGUGAAAUGAUGCAACCAUUCACCGAAGCCCUGGAUCAAGCAGCUAGGAAUGCGAACCCAAAGUACUUAAGUGAAGAAGAGGAGGUCCUCCUUGGUUUCGAGGGUCCGUUUGGGUUUCACAGACUUACUCCACGAGAACUUCUGUCACCCUUUCUGAGCACUAUGGUGUCUGUGGAGGGCAUUGUUACCAAGUGUUCUCUGGUGAGGCCCAAAGUGGUUAAGAGCGUUCAUUUCUGCCCCACCACAGGCGAGUUCUUGAAUCGUGAGUAUCGGGAUAUAACUUCUGCGUCUGGCCUUCCAACGGGUUCCGUGUAUCCCACUCGGGAUGACCAAGGUAACUUGCUAGUAACAGAGUUUGGGCUCUGUAAGUUUCGAGACCACCAGACUAUUGCUAUUCAAGAAAUGCCAGAGAAUUCUGCACCUGGUCAGCUGCCACGUUCCAUCGACGUCAUUGCAGAGGAUGAUUUGGUGGAUGUUUGCAAACCUGGAGAUCGAGUUGCCAUUGUAGGGAUCUUUAAAGCAAUCCCUGGUGCUAACAAAGGGAGCAUGAAUGGCGUGUUCCGGACGGUACUGAUUGCAAAUAACAUAUGCCAGCUGAACAAAGAAAUCAGCGCACCUAUUUUUACUGGUGAAGAUCUUAGUAACAUCAAAAAGAUUGGAAAGAGGCAAGAUACCUUCGAUCUUUUGGCAGAAUCGCUUGCACCAUCCAUUUAUGGCCAUUCAUGGAUAAAGAAAGCAGUGGUUUUACAGCUGCUUGGAGGGAUGGAGAAAAAUUUGAAGAACGGAACUCACAUUCGCGGAGAUGUGAAUAUGAUGAUGGUUGGAGACCCCUCGGUGGCCAAGUCACAGCUUCUACGUGCAAUCAUGAAUAUCGCUCCGUUAGCUAUAUCCACUACAGGUCGAGGGUCUUCGGGCGUAGGUCUUACAGCUGCUGUCACCAGUGAUCAAGAAACAGGAGAGAGGAGGCUAGAGGCAGGGGCGAUGGUUUUAGCCGACCGCGGCAUAGUGUGCAUUGACGAGUUUGAUAAAAUGAGUGAUCUUGACCGAGUUUCUAUCCACGAAGUUAUGGAGCAGCAGACUGUUACUAUUGCUAAAGCUGGCAUUCAUGCGUCUCUCAAUGCUCGGUGCAGCGUCGUUGCAGCUGCUAAUCCUAUUUUUGGCUCGUAUGAUCGAUCGCUUACACCGACCAAAAAUAUUGGACUGCCCGAUUCAUUGCUGUCACGAUUUGACCUGCUUUUCAUAGUGCUGGAUCAAAUGGAUCCAGAUAUUGAUCGCCAAAUUUCAGAGCACGUGUUGCGGAUGCACCGAUAUCGUUCUGCCGGAGAGGAUACAGGCAUGCCAAGGGGAGCUGACACCAGAGAUGAAGACGAAGAAGCAGAACAUGCAACAGCAGUAUUUGUGAAGUACAAUCGCCUGCUUCAUGGCGAGAAGAAAGUUACUCGACAUACCAAGCGCGAUAAACUCACUACUAAAUUUUUGAAGAAAUACAUUCACUAUGCUAAGAGCAGAAUCAUGCCCGUCCUUACAGAAGAGGCUUCGGAGCAAAUUGCUCAGACCUAUGCUGAAAUGCGUAACAACGGCUCAGACAAGGGUGUAGGAGGGGGGACACUACCUGUCACUGCUCGAACGCUAGAAACCAUCAUCCGACUCUCAGCUGCCCAUGCAAAACUGAAGUUGAGAAACCAGGUUACGAAAGCUGAUGUGGAUGCAGCACUAGGUGUUAUGAACUUUGCGAUUUACCACAAGGAGCUCACGGAUAUGGAUGAAAGGGAAGCCGAAAGAGAUCGAGAACGAGAGCAAGAAGCUCAGAAGAAGCGCUCGGCAGAGAACAGUGGUGUGGAGACUCAUGAUAAUGCUGAUAAUGAGGAAGAUUUAUCAACUGAUAACAGGAGGACACCAAGGAAAAGGCAAAGGAACACUAGGAGCCAAGGCACUCCGAAGAAGGGAGGGGAUGUAGAGAUGGAAGAUGCAGAGUUCAUAUCAACAGAUGAAAGAUUAGGGACAGCUGCUUCCACCAGGCAAGAUGACGGUCUAGACAGUGAAGCUUUUGACAGUGAAGAACAAACAAAGCCUUUGAUUGAAGUAUCUCCACAGAGGGAGCUACAAUUUCAAAAUAUGUUCUCCCAACAUACAAUGACCAACCGCCUGGAGUUUGUCCAAUUGUCGGAACUUGCCUCUAUUGUGAACGCCAACAAUCCCAGACCUUUCUCUGCCGGAGAGAUUGAAUGUGUCCUGCAGAAAAUGCAAGCAGCUAACCGAGUGAUGGUUGCUGAAGACAAAGUCCACCUAAUUUGAAGGUCGAGCCUAAUAAGCCUUCUACAACUUGGUUCAAGCUUCUGUGAGACAUUCCCGGUGAUUUAUCACAGAAAAGCUUUCAACUGAAAAGUGUUUUGCGUUAUUGAAGGAAGACCUUGGUCUUUUCUUUGAACAUGACUGCUAUGAUGGAUCAUGUGUGACUACUAUGAUGGGUCACUUCCCAGUGCUGCAGAGGACGGCAGUUAGGUAUCACAUGUCUAAGGCGUGAUAUUGCUAAGAAUAGGGAUCAUCAAAACCUUGUAGCUUAUGGCACACCGCCUAUUGUCAGGCUGAAUUUUCUGUUCUGUCAAAGUAUGAGGAUCCUUCUGAGCUUGUUUGACUGAAACAAUUUGCACCAUCUAGACAGUGUGUACUACAGUAGGAAUCUGGAAUUGUACAUCUUAGAAGUUUAUGAAAUUUCCACAUUUUCAAUCUUA